UUCAUUUCAGAAUCUCGUGUUACCGGCGUUCCUCCUGUGCUCGAUAGGACGCGAUUAAGAUGCCGUUUUGCGACGGAAGAUGAACGAUGAAAUAGUUUCAAAACCCGGCAGCGAUAUUCCCUUCGCCGACGAGGAUGCGCCCAGCACGGAUGGCGCUUCUCGUUUGGCCGCUUCAUGGAUCACGUCGAGAGGUUUGACGAACGUCGAGCGGGAGGACACGUGCUCGCGGAACGUGCGGAGCUUUACGACCUUCCGUGCUUCCGGCCUGCCGGCGAAACGGGAAUUGCCGACGCCUGUCGACAACAAGAUGCUCAAUCAUUGCCGGGAAUCGCUUCAACAGCGUUACGCGCGACAAUCGUCCGUUCAGAAGGAAGGCAAGCACGAGGAGACCGAGAGCGCCCUGCAGCGUUACGAAAACGCAGUGCUGAAGUACCAGAAACCGAAGCUGCGUCCCAAACGACAAGUCAGCCGCGAGCGUCAGCAACAGAAUUACUCGAGCAGUGACGAAAGCGUCGCGAGGAAUAAAUCAAAGAGCACUAGCUCCAUCGAUACGCAGUCAGUAAACAAUAUUCUGGACGAGUACGAGGAUCUGGACUACCGCAGAUCAUCGGAUCUUAGUGAUAUCGGCAGCAUCAGCGUGACCAACUUCGAGGCGACGAUGAUGGAUCAACAAAGACGACAGCAGCAGCAGCAACAGGGGAGAUUUCGAACGUCCGGCACGAAGCUUCAGGUCAAAUCGAUCCCAAUGAAGGAGAAGAUUCAGCCAGUGCUGAAGGUAAACCAGCAAACUCAGGUGAGGCAACGUUCGCGCGACAGGCAGAAGGACUCCAGUAAAGGACAUCAGCAUGUCGCGUCCGAGGAAACGCGUCUCACUUCGCCGAUGACGACGGACGUGAUCGAGAACAGUCGCUCGAAAAUGCCCGAAGUGUUGUUGCGCAAAGGAGAGGUUCAGAAAAGGGUGGAUGAAUGGCUGAAUCAGGCACACAGUCACAAUUUCCCGGUGCCUCGUGAGAAGCCGCUGACGAGGUCCAACAGCAGCGCCGACCAGAAGAGCCAGCGAAGGUAUCGUCAGGAUUCGAGAUCCAGGUCGAACGACGAGGCGAGGAACAGAUUAAACGGUGGAACCUCGUCGAGCUAUGACGAUCUGACUCGGGUGGAUAGCAGGCUGGAGCGCAACAGACCGGAGAAGGUGAACGUCGGCGUGAACACUAGCAGAGGCACUUACAAGGAAUACCUCGCGGUGAAGAGCAGGGCUAAGCAGCAGGAUUAUGGCUUCAGCGCUCAGUCGUAUGUCUCUACCUCGAGAUUCGGCGACUCCGGUCCAGUUUCCAGGAUCCCCCAGAGAGGACCUCUCGGUUCGAGUUUCCGAUCCAGGCGUGCUGAAGCGAAUCCCGAAGAGAAAAGCAUGGCUGAGGACAGAGUUACGAAUUUAACAAAGGCAAGAGGUGAGUCCGAUUACGGUAGAGCCGCUGUUAGCAGCUUGAAGAUGACCGAAGGAUCCAUCGCGACGGUAACGAUGCUGGCGACGUCAACGACGAUGACGAUGACAACGAUGGCGACGACUGCGACAUCAAUUAUCCCUUGUAGAAGACCAUCGCUGAAACGUUCUGGAAACAACGAUCAGAAUUGCUCGCCAGCGGCGCGUUUGCUCGUUAAGGAGGAGACGGAUCCGCGCCCGCCGCGCGCGGCGGGCCCCUCGAAGGGCCCGUUGUCGGCCGGCAGCCUUGGUGUCCAAGGCGAGCCGAUCUCACCAAAUAAGGACGGAGAAAGUAGGCGGCCGGCUGCUGCGGCAAGCGGACCGAUGCCGCGGCCUGCUGCCGCCGCCAUCGCCGAUAAAGCGGUCGAGGUGGCCUGUAAAUCGACGGAAGUAUCGACGAGGUGCGCCGCCAACCAUCCUCGAGACAGAUUGUCGAAGACCGCCUCGGCGGAGUCCGAUCGAGUCGCGCUUGAGUCGCCGCGACGCCGAUCUCAAGUUUCAAGCGACGUUGGGCGAAGGGAGCCCAGAGCGAUCGAUCAGUCGCGGCAAGAGCAAUCAAACUACGGUUUGGCGGUCGGUGCACGCGUACGGGCUCUUCAAGGUCAGGUAGAGUCGCGCAGUGCAAGGUCCAAGUCUCAUCAGAUCGUCGGGGCACUGAUGGAGACCAAGAAGCCGCCGGUUUUGCCACGCAAGGAUCUCGGUGUAUCUCCCUCACGGGAUUCCGUUUCGCAGGAUCGACCAAAGGUGCCGACCGCCACCCCUACAUCCAGUUUCAAACCGCACAAUCGAACUUGCACAGCGACGAGCGUCUUACAACAGCAGCUACACGAGCAGAACGCUGCAAGAUCUAGGAUCGCGGUCUGCGAGGUCGUUCCGUCCAGCAGGAGCACGCGUUACGCUUCGUCUGAUCACGUGGAGAGGAUUUACGAGCGCAGUCUGCAGCCGCAGGUGAUCCACGCGGACGAUCUUGAGUCGAUUCUGCGAGCUCCCUUACAGGUGUCGCCUUAUGGCGAAAAAAUCGGCAUUUCUAGAUCCGAUCGGGAGUCGCCCAUCAAAGAACAGCCAAUGACGCUCGAGGACGAGCAGGUUGAUAGGAUCGCUGAGUCGCGGCACGAGCAUCUCGAGACUAUCGAGGAGGACGAUCGGAAGAGCGAGAGCUCAAUCUGCAGAUAUCCGGAGAUCGGAUUGAAGCAGUGCCUGAAGGUGCAGCAGAGUUUGCCGAACGGCAGAUCAAAAGAAUCGGAGGAUAAGAGGAAGGACAGUUCACCGAUCUACGCUAAGUGGGAUCAGCAGCAGCAGAUCAUCGUCAAUGAGCCCGCGAGGACCUUCGCCACUUUCCAAUCGAUGUCACCUUGUCAGAGCAACGUUAAGGCAAACAUUCGGUCUCGAUCUCCAGAGACGAAGGUAUCCACAGUUCACGAAGAGGUCACGCAAGAUCCAAACAAGCCGACGAUAAUCCUCGAGGACUUCAACUACGAGAACGCGUCUCGAGGGGAUCCGGAUCAAUUGAUGAUUCACUCGCGGGAGAAUAGCAAUCUGUCGACUGCCACAAUUCCGUUGGAUGAAUUAGAAAGUCAGAGAAGCUCAAGAUUCAAGACUGAGGAAGAUCCUUCUCGGAGCAGACUUCAGUUCGGUGGGAAAGCUCAAGAUCGUGUGGUCGAGGAAACGGUUAAGGACACCGACGAACGUGGUGCAGUGAUCAAUGAAGUUCUCGUCAAGAACCUGCAAUUCGAGCAGGAUCUGCCGGAAACCCCGAGUGAACAAACGAGAUCGGAUCGUGUGGUUCAACAGGUGAAUUUUCGUAAUAUCUUGUGUGAUGAUUACGAGAACGAGAAGUUGAAAAGCAGGAAGAUGUAUACGAAGGAGGAAAUGGAUCAUCAGAGACUGGUGGACAUGUUGAAGAAGAGAGAUUUUAAGACGCUGAAGAUGGUGAGUGAUAAAGAUAUUACAUUUAAUAUUACAUUGCAUUUCUUAUAGUUUAUUAUAGUAGUAGAGAAAUUUUCUCUAUAAAGAGCGAGAGGGUUUUUUAAGCAAAAUUUCUGUAAAAAAAUAUUUACAGAAAUGUUAUUUUAUGACACAUAAUUUGUUAAAACUAAUUUUAUUCAACGUAUAUGUUAGUGCUAAUAAGCGAAUAUUGAUUUAAUAUCCUCUGAAAGGAUUGAUGGAAUUUUACAAUUUUAUUAAAUUAAUUUCAAUGAUAUCUUUUACGAUUUGUUCAAGUAGCAAAAAAUUAAUCGUACGAUUGGCACAUAUUUAUCAGCAUUAAUUUACAUCAGUAAUUUGAUCGAAGAAAGCGAUUUUCAAUUCAAUUCUGGCAAAUCGACAAUAUACAGUUUCGGUCUCGUAUCGAUUGUUUUCCCGCCGCAACUACCUCGUUUUCAUCACGAUAAAAUUCACCGACAAGAUAUGCUUGACAGUAAGCCAAUAAUUACACUCGCAUUCUGCCACACGGUAGUCCACGCGACGAAUCCGCAGCUCUUUUGGUAAUUACACACCGCGGGUAUAAUCGAGGUUGUUCGUUUCACUCAGCUCUUUAUUCCUAUCAGGUAAUAAAUACACUAAAUUGCCGUUACACAACGCCCAAAUGUUGUUCACGUUUCACCGCGUUGUCAAUGAAGUCAGAGUUAUUUAUGUGCAAAUUUUAACUUUCCGAAUCCUAUUAAUAUAACAAGUGCAGUUAAUCGGACUAAUUAUGAUAAUGGAAUAAUGAGAUAGAUGAGAUGUAAUAUUAGACAAUUCAAAAAUAAAUUAUUUCAUAAGUAUUUAAAAUAGCAACCAGUUAUUUAGUAGCUAUCUUAUUUAUUAUU